AUGUUAGACUACAUUCACAUUUUUCCAUCUAAAAUGAGUAUGAAACGAUUUUUAACUAUCAUCGUUGCUAUGGAUGAAAGAAAUGGUAUUGGUCUCAAUAAUACUUUACCGUGGCAUUUAAAAAAUGAUAUGAAAUUUUUUCGUCAUGUAACAACGUUUCCAUCUAAAAUGAGUAUGAAACGAUUUUUAACUAUCAUCGUUGCUAUGGAUGAAAGAAAUGGUAUUGGUCUCAAUAAUACUUUACCGUGGCAUUUAAAAAAUGAUAUGAAAUUUUUUCGUCAUGUAACAACGGUAACAAAUGAAAAAUCAAAACAAAAUGCCGUCAUUAUUGGUCGUAAAACGUGGAAAUCAUUUCCCAAACAAGUUCAACCAUUACCGAAUCGUUUAAAUGUGUUGGUAAGUAAAACUGCUCAUAUUAAAGAAAAAUAUGAUAAUUUAUUACAAGUUGAUUCAUUUGAUGAAGCCAUACGAAAAACAUAUGACUUAUAUGAUAAAGAAAAAACGAUUGAGAAUGUUUUUAUUGCCGGUGGUGUAUCCAUUUAUCAAGAAGCAAUGAAAACAAAUUUAGUUAAACGUAUUUAUUUAACGCGUGUGCAAGGUGAUUUCCAUUGUAAUGUAUUAUGGCCGGAUUUUGAUCUUAAAGGUUUUAAACGUAGUGAAAAUAUUCCAGAUAAUAUUGCUGACAUAUUUGAUAAAAAACAUAAUGCUAAUGGUACUAUUAACGGAGAAGAAAAUGGAAUACAGUAUCAUUUGGAAAUGGCUACUGUUUCGACUAAUAACGCUGCUGCAUCUAAUACAACAGCCACAGUUACGUCAUCAUCCGGUAGUGCUAAAGUAACGUUUAAAAUUACUCUCACAUCUGAUCCAAAACUUCCUUACAAAGUACUAUCAGUUCCAGAAAACACUCCAUUUACCGCCGUUUUGAAAUUUGCAGCUGAGGAAUUUAAAGUACAAGCCGCUACUAGUGCAAUUAUUACGAAUGAUGGAGUUGGUAUUAAUCCAAGUCAAACAGCAGGCAAUACUUUUCUUAAAUACGGAGCUGAACUUCGUUUGAUUCCUCGUGAUCGCAUAAUACGUUUACCUACAGAUGAUAACGGUAACCAAGCAACAGUAGCUACUUCGAAAUUGUCUUAUGGUGAGCGUAAAAUCGAUAAAAAGCUAACAAAAUGUCUAGCUAUUUUGGAACGAAUGGAUGGAAUUACGGCGAUUAAUGAGCUUACUCAAUGUUUAUUUGUUGGUAAUGCAGGUGUGGAAGCACAUGUAUCACGUGAAUCACUAUUAGAAAUAUUUCAAUCGUUUGGUCAAAUAAUUGAUAUAUUAUUGCCAAUUGGACGACCCUAUUCGUUUAUUAUCUACGAGAACAAACAAUCAGCAAAGGAAGCAAUAGAAAAAUGUAAUGGACAUUCUUAUCCAAUUGGUAUUAAUCAAUCAAAUAUCACCUUUUAUAUGGCUUACGUAUCAAAUGUACCGAGUAUAUCGGUGAAUUCAACCAAAUAUCCAAAAGGAUUAAUAUUAAUCGAUGAUUUUAUUGAUGAGUAUGUUGAAAAACAGUUAUUAAAACUCAUAGAAGUAGAUUCGGUAGUGAAGAAUGAAGAUAAUCGAGCUAAUCUCAAACAUCGUCGUGUUAUUCAUUAUGGCUAUGAAUUUCGAUAUGGCACGAAUGAUGUUGAUGCUACGAAACCGUUGCCAAAAUCAAUCCCAAUAGAGUGUGAAAGGAUUAUUGAUCGUGCUUGGCAAUUAGGCUAUAUUAAACAGAAAUCCGAUCAAAUAACCGUCAAUUGCUACGAACCGGGACAAGGUAUUCCACCUCAUGUAGACACAGUGGAUAUGUUCGAUGAUAAUAUAAUGUCAGUGAGCCUAUGCUCAUCAAUAAUAAUGACUUUUAAAAAAUUAUCGACGAAUGAAACUGUUCACGUUCAAAUUCCGCCCAAAAGUCUAUUGAUUAUGUCCGAUGAAUGUCGAUAUCAAUGGUCACAUGGAAUUGUUCCUCGAAAAAGUGAUAUUAUCAUGACAGAUGAUGGUCAAGUAACGGUUGUACCACGAUUAUAUCGGGUUUCAUUUACGUUUCGAAAAGUUUCACAACAGCAUAAUACUCGACAAAAUUCUUCUGUGUUACCAGUUUUACCAAAAUCUAAUUUAGAUGCAUCACAACUAGAACAAAAUUAUGUUCAUAAAAUUUACGAUGAAAUAGCUGAUAAUUUUAGUCAUACGAGACAUAGUCCAUGGCCUAGUGUCGUUGAAUUUCUACAAAAGUUUCCCAUUGGAAACAUGGUGCUAGAUAUUGGAUGCGGAAACGGAAAAUAUAUGAACAGUAGAAACGAUCUCUUCAUGAUUGGCUGUGAUCGAAGUAUUGGUCUACUUCAAAUUUGUCGGCAACGUAAUUUUCAAGUAUUUUUAUCCGAUUGUAUGAACAUUCCGGUACCGACAAAUUUUUUCGACGGAGUAAUUUGUAUUGCUGUCUUACAUCAUAUCAGUACGCCGGAGCGACGUUUAAUUGCAUUAAAAGAGAUAAUUCGUUUAUUACGACCGGGAGGUGAAGCACUGAUAACAGUUUGGGCGAAAGAACAAACACUUGAAGAGAAGAAAAGUUAUUAUAUUGAUACUGCUGCAAAUAGGAAAAACAAACAUCAUCAUGAUCGUGAAUCAGAGGAGAAAAAUAGUCUCGUACAUUCUCCUAUUCGUGUCAAUUUGACAAAAGAUAAUCAUAAGGAAACUUAUGAAGAAGAGACAUUGAGUGUACACAAAAGUCGUACUGAAUUCCAACGUCCCGAUUGUCUUGUUUCAUGGACAAAAGUUAAAGAAAAUCAACAAUUAUUACGAUAUUAUCAUGUCUAUGAACGAGGUGAAUUAGAACAUUUAAUUGAACAUAUUAAAAAUGCAAGAAUUGUCAAGUCCUACUAUGAUGAGGGAAAUCAUUGUGUUAUUAUGACUAAAUUAGUCUAA